AGUGAGGGAGAGAAACAGGAACAGAAAGUGAAGGCUUGUCAAGAUGUCUGGGUGAAGGGGACCAGAACAGAACACAACACAACAGAAGCCAGAUAGAAACCAAAAAGAACAAAAGUUGGAGCGGCUGACGUUAUUAAGAAAGGAGGGGUGACCUGACCUGCUGCUACAGAAGCGCCUGCAGGCCACAACAUUUCAGCAGCUUGACAAGACCAAAGCAACAACUAAAGGGCAAAGGGACUUGGAGAAACAAUUAGGGUAAUGCUGAUCAGCAUAAAUAAACUCAAUUUAAGAUUUUUUUUCAUCCAGACCAAACAACAAGGCCAACUGAAGGAAAACACUCCCACAAACAAAUAUUGUCAAGUGAAAGAAAUCCUUUGUCUUGACAACUAAUGGAUUGACUUGUGCUUGCAGACUUAAAUGAGAUCUAAAUGAACUUUUUAAAAUUGAGAAACUUACAGAGAUGAACACCUUCACUUAAUUUGUGGUUUGACAGCAUUUGAUUUUUAUCACCAUACUUUUAUUAAAACUUUUUUGGGUGUGCAACGAAGGAACUCAGCUCUGCAGGAUAAACGUUAUGGAAGGCAACUUUCAGAGUGCCGAGGAUUUUUUCAACUGGCUUUGGAGUUUUGCUGUGGAAAAACACAAUCAGGGGGUCUACAACACCGUGUGCCUGGUCGUCCUGCUGAUGCUCCCUCUGCUAAUCAUCCUCACCAUCGUGGGGGUGUGCUGCCACUGUUGCUGCUGUCGCCGUGAUAAUGGCUGUUGUUGCUGUUGUCAUGGAGGCUCUUCUAGGUCAGCAACAAAAAAGAACAAAAAUUCCACCAACAGCGAGGACUUGUGGAUAUCUGUUAAGGCUGAGCCAAUGACACCUGAUCGGGUCGCCAUGGGUAUGUUGUAAAGGUUAGCUCCCUGAUCCUGGACUAGUUCCUGUAGUCAUGCUGAAUUAUGGGUGGUCAUAAAGGAAGGUGGAUAAAGCCCAGCUAAAGAAAAAAAAAACAUUCCCACCAUAGUAAACAGACUUGGCAUGGACCCAGUUUGGCUUUGUUUAUAAAUCUCUGUCACUUUGUAUUUAUGACAAUGUUUACAUUUUUAUGAGCUUUUUAGCAUAUGGUACAUGAAAAAAAGACAUAGGCCGUUUCUCAAUUCAUAAAAACGCAAGUGAGGACUCAUGUGUUGCCAAGUAGGUUCAAGAACAUAAAUAUGGGUCAAUAGGAAGAGAAACGUACUCGUGAGGUCACCACAUGCUCGGCUCGUCUGGAGUCGGAUUUCACCUCCUGUUAUGAAUAGUCUCUAGAUAAUA